GGGAAGCGGAAAGUGCCUGUGUGCGCGCUGCAGUCAGAGGCUAUGUGAGCGGGCUAAAAGUUUGCCGUCUUGGUUCAGGCAAGGUUAAGACAACACAGCCGUGUGUUAUCAUUUCAUUGUCUUUAUAAGUGUAUGGGCAGCUUAUACCCCUCGGCUACAAUAUUUAUGAACACCUGAAAGUCGUUUUUGGUCUCGUCUGCGACCCAGCCAGCCCACGAACCAGAUUUGGGAGUUCUGUUCCUUCAACUUCCGUCACGUUCGUCCCUGACGUCAGCGCUGCGGCUGCAGCUGGAUCAUGGAUUUAAUAUAGAAAAUCAUGUGCUGGAGAUAAAGACUGGCGCACCUCCGGGUGGCUUCAAGAGAAGGAGAAACCGUAGAAGGAGAGAGAACUGACCAAAGUUUUUCUGUGUGUUGGCUGCAGCAGGAUGGACAUGUCCAGCAGGUUAGCAGUGUGGCAGGAGCUGGCUGAGAGCUGUGGUCUCGCUACAGUCCAGCAGGGCCUAGAGCAUGUCUGGAGGCUGGUGCUGCUUUGCCUGAUCUGCAGACUUUGCUUCAGACUGGGAGGUGUGUCCACUGUGAAGCAUGUCACGUCAGUGUUGACUGGAAUGUACGGCCUCUUUCUGUUCUUUGAGCUACACAUGCUGUGGGUGCUGUUGCUCAGUGUGCUCUGUUACCUCGUUCUGCUCCUCAGCCGACACUCCAGCAGCAGUGGCCUCUUCCUUUCGGUGGUCAUCCUCAUCUACCUCCUCACUGGAGAGUUGCAUUUAAUUGACAUGGUGACCUGGCACAAAAUAAGAGGCUCUCAGAUGGUGGUGGCCAUGAAGGCAAUCUCUUUGGCCUUUGACCUGGACAGAGGAACUGUUGGCACUCUGCCUUCCCCAGCCGAGUUCCUGGGUUAUGUUCUGUUUGUGGGCACUGUUGUCUUUGGACCUUGGAUCAGCUUCACCAGUUAUAACAAUACUGUUGAAGGCAGAAAACUGAGCUGGUCGUGGCUGCGUAGUUCCUCCCUCAGCCUUGUAAAGAGUCAGAUCUGUCUGCUGGUCUCCACGUGUAUCGCCCCUUACCUCUUCCCUUUGUUCAUCCCCAUCUACGGAAACACUUUCACACAAAAGUGGCUGCGUGCGUAUGAGAUUGCAGUUUCCUUCCACUUCAGUAACUACUUUGUUGGUCACCUCAGUGAAGGCACCUGCAUGUUGGCUGGAGCAGGCUUCACUGAAGAGAAAGAAAACAUCAGAUGGGAUUUAAGUGUGGUGAAGCCUCUCAGUGUCGAAAUGCCUCGCUCCAUGGUCCUGGUGGUGACGUCCUGGAACAUCCCCAUGUCCCGAUGGCUGAAAAAAUAUGUCUUUAAAAGUGCCAUGAAACUGGGGACCUUUGCAGCCAUCCUGGUGACAUAUAUGGCCAGCGCCUUACUGCAUGGUCUGAGUUUUCAUCUGGGAGCUGUUCUGCUCUCUCUGGGCUUCAUCACAUACGUUGAACAUGUUCUGAGAAAGAAGCUUGCAACCAUCUUCAGUGCAUGUAUCCUGUCCAGGCCCUGCACCUCCGACUGCAGCCAUCAGCACAAGAAGGAGUAUUGGGUGAUGUUGCUGAACCUGGUUUUCAGCUUCCUGGCCAUCUUCCACCUCACCUACCUGGGCUCUAUGUUUGAUUCUGGAAAUGAUGAACAGGAAGUAGAAGAGGGUUACGCAGCCAUCCACACCAUCCAGAGGUGGUCGGAGCUGAACUGGGCGAGCCACUGGGUUGUGUUCGUAUCCUGGGUCUUCUACCGUUUAAUUCAGUGAUGUCAUUGGAGCAGAAGGGAAGGCUGGUGCCCACCAAGUCUGUAAUACAGCAGAUUUUAUUCAGGAAGUUGUUAUUUGAAGGGCUGUGGGACAAGUACAAGAAUUGCCUUUUAUGGAGCGAUGGAUGCAGGGUAAGAAAAUGACUACAGUAUACUGCAUGAGACCUGUACAUCCUGAUUCAAGGGAGUGUUCCCGGAGAAUUGAUUUGACUGCAUUGGAAUCUUAUCUGAAACUACGGUACAGAACCUUACGUGGAAGACCUCAUUGUAGACUUGACAAAGGCAUUAAUUUCCCUCUGCCUGUAGUCAGUCAUUCGGAGACAAAUGUAUUUGGUCAGAAGUACUGUUGGUGUCCGUGUCCAAAACCUUCUGCGUGGAUUAGCAUCUUUGUAGAUGCAUGAUUACAUCGAUUUUUACUGCUGCUCUUGUGUUUUUUGUAUUUUUUUUCUAUUAAACUUUUGUGUAAAAGUAAA